CUUGAUCUUGCCCGACUCCUCACAAACCUGACCUUGGGCAGCGAUUCAAAUGGAACCAAUUCAGUCCUCAAGUCGUGGUGCAGGUGCUACUCCAAAGGGAUGUCUGUUCACAGCAAACAAUCCUUUGUGCGUAUAUAACGUGAUAGAGCUACAUUGUACAGGGAGUCCAGCUGCCCACUGAAACUUGCCGAGGACAUCUGGUUUGGAUGCUGUUCCUGCACCUAUGUCACCAAAGAUCAGCGUGUAAUUGUGAGCCACCUGGCUGCUCAUGGUGAUGAACAAGCCAAGUGCCAGCAUCCUCUCAUGUCGGGCUCUAAGUCCCAAAUGAUCGGCAACACUCAAAAGCACAAGAGUGAAAAGCCAUUUAAGUGCAAGCUUUGCCCCCGAGAGUUUGCUUAUAAUUCCCUUCUGACCUGUCAUAACCGAACACACACUGGUGAAAGGCCAUUUAAGUGCAAGCAGUGCCCUAAAACCUUUGCCCUAAAUUCCCAUCUGCAAAGCCAUAAUCGAACAUGCACUGGUGAAAAACCAUUUAAGUGCAAGCAGUGCCCCCAAGCCUUUGCUCGAAAUAUCCAUUUAAGAAAUCAUGAUCGAACACACAUUGGUGAAAAGCCAUUUAAGUGCAAGCAGUGCCCCAAAGCCUUUGCUCGAAUUUCCUAUUUGAAAGAUCAUAAUCGAACACACACAGGUGAAAAGCCAUUUAAGUGCAAGCAGUGCCCCAAAGCCUUUGCUCAAAAUUCUAAUCUGAGAAAGCAUAAUCGAACACACACUGGUGAAAAGCCAUUUAAGUGCAAGCAGUGCCCCCAAACCUUCGCUCAAAAUUUUCAUCUGAGAACUCAUAAUCGAACACACACUGGUGAAAAGCCAUUUAAGUGCAAGCAGUGCCCCAAAGCCUUUGCCCAAGAUUCCCAUUUGCAAAAUCAUAAUCGAACACACACUGAUGAAAAACCCUUUAAGUGUAAGCUGUGCCCCCAAGCCUUUGCUCAAAAUAUCCAUCUGAGAAAUCAUAAUCGAACGCACACUGGUGAAAAGCCAUUUAAGUGCAAGCAGUGUUUCAAAACCUUUGCUCAAGCUUCCCAACUGAAAAACCAUAAUCGAACACACACAGGUGAAAAGCCAUUUAAGUGCCAGCAGUGCCCCCUAGCCUUUGCUCAAAAUUCCAAUAUAAGGAAGCAUAAUCGAACACACACUGGUGAAAAGCCAUUUAAGUGCAAGCAGUGCCCCCAAGCCUUUGCUCAAAAUUUCCAUCUGAGAAUUCAUAAUCGAACACACACUGGGGAAAAGCCAUUUAAGUGCAAGCAGUGCCCCAAAGCCUUUGCUCAAGAUUCCCAUCUGCGAAACCAUAAUCGAACACACACAGGUGAAAAGCCAUUUAAGUGCAAGCAGUGCCCCGAAGCCUUUGCUCGAAAUUCUAAUAUGAGAACUCAUAACCAAAGACAUGCUAUGAAAAACCAUUAAAGUGCAAGCAGUGCCCCCAAGCCUUUGCUAAAAAUAUCCUGAGAAAUCAUAAUGAAUGCACACUGGUGGAAAGCCAUUUCAGUGAAAGCAGUACCCCAAAUCCUUUGAUGAAUAUUUUUAUCUGAAACCAUAAUCGAACGCACACAGGUGAGAAGCCAUUGAAGUGCAAGCAGUGCCCUAAAGCCUUUGUUUAAAAUUACUAUCUGCAAAAUCAUAAUUGAACACACACAGGUGAAAAGCCAUUUAAGUGCAAGUAGUGCCCCCAAGCCUUUGCUCGAAAUUGCCAUCUGAGAAAUCAUAAUCAAACACACACUGGUGAAAAGUCAUUUAAAUGCAUGCAGUGCCCCGAAGCCUUUUCUCAUAAUGGCAGUCUGAUCCAUUAUUGUCAAACACACAGUCUAAAAGCCUUACCAGUGUAAGCAAAGCCCCAAAAGCUUUGCUCAGAAUGGUUUAUCUGCCAGAACAAGAUGCACGCGUCCAGAAUGCCUUGUGGUUAACCCUUAAGUUGAGCCUGCCCCUGGUGCGAUCAUUUAACUCGUGCAGAACUUUAUGCCAUUUCAAUCGAAGUAUUCAUUACUUGAUUCCAACAUGGGUCCCAAAGGCUUUGCUCAGAUUAAUAGUUAAGCUCGCCACACUGAAGCCAUUAUGCACAUUAAGGCUCACAAAUACCAGCAGCGACCUAGGCCGUUCUCUAAAUGGUCUUGCCUUGUCGGGCACAUGCUAACACAAGGUUAGCAAACCCUAACGGCAUUUGCGUAAAGCUUGAGGCAAGUAGGCCUUUCAAAUGCCAGCAAUAUCCGAGAAGCUUGAAUCAGAAUUGCAGGUUGCUUGGCCGCUUAGACUGCACACAGAGCCAGACUAUUUGGCCUUGCUCUGGAGCCUUGCAUCCAAACUCCACCGGUUAUCACACUAAUGUAUGGGUUAGUAGUAAAUGACUCAUCUCCACCUGUGAUCUAGAAACUGGGUCAAUAAAUAGGAGACAUUGUUUAAUGUUUUGCAGAGCAGCUACUCUGUGUUAUGCACCUGAAUGUACUUUGGGUCAUGCCCUAGCUCUUGUUCCAAGCUCCCUUGAACUCGCUCGAGGUGUGCUUUUUGAUGCAAGGUCUAAUAGGUUUCCUCUAACUAUGAGGAAGAUGGAAUGUAACAAAAGUUAAUGUGUGACCAAAUUUUAUGUGGUUUAUUAAAAAGAAAAAAGGUUGGUAGUUUAAAAUUUCACUUUGUUUCUUUCAGCGGCUACCGAUUUUGGUACUGAAGUAACGGCUCGUUGACACCCCUGAGACUGCUUACCACCAGAUAGGCUAAAAACCGGUUUUAAACCUCUUGUGAGGGCUUACGACUUUCUGCAUUUCUGUGCAGCCGGUAGGCAGCAGUCACAGGAGGCUUGAAAACGGGUCUUGUCUCAGUCGGUCGUAGUGAAACUAAGUGUGUGAACGGGCCUUAAGUAGUUUGAAGUAACUUUUUCAAAGAUUCUUCUUUUUACGUCCUGUAACGUGGCAAGACCUCAUUCUAGCAGUUUCAUCGGUGGGAUACUGAUUGCCGAGUAUGUGUGUGCGUGGACCACAACACUUCCUGCUACUGGUUGGGACAUCGCUAGUUGAAUAUUCUUCGCACUCCCCAGCAGGUUUUGUUAUAAAUUAGCACUGUACCCAUUGGUAUCUUUGCAAUCAUGUGUUUAUAUGGCAUCUACUUUGAGUUGUAGGUGUCUUGGUAUGUUCGAAAAAAACCUUUUGCUUGUUUUUGUGAAACACAGGUUAACAGUUUGUUUCUCUGCUUCACUGAUGGCUAACAUUCUUAUAUUUUUUAUUAGAAUGAGGAGGGUCGGUGAAGCCAAGUCUCAAUGAAUACUAACUCAGCCAUGAAUUUGCUUUAGUUACAGGGUCAAUGUGUGUUUAUUUUUGCAUUGUGUAAUUAAUUUGAAAGCAUAUCUUUCUUGCUAUGAUUUUUUUUUUCUUUUACUCUUUUUUGUUUGGCUUGAACAAAAUCUGCGGAUGAUAAAUAUGUGAAUUUGCUUUGGUUACAGGGUCCUUUGGAUUGUUUCUCAAUGCGUGUUUAUUUUUGAAUUGUGUAAUUAAUUUGAAAGCAUAUCUUUAUUGCAAUGUUUUUUUUUCACUCUUUUUCGUUUAGCUUGAACAAAAUCUGCAGAUGAUAAAUAGGUAUUCAGCCUUUUGCUUCUCUAUUUUGCAAAAAUAAAGGUCUACAGUCAAGUU